UCGCGGUUUCCAAAUUAAUAAUAAUGACUCAAAUCCCCGAAAUUAAAAACCCUAACCUCUCAUAAUUAAAGAAAAAAGGGGGAAUCUUUCAAAUCGAUAGAUCGAACCCUAACAUUCUGCGAUCGAAGCGAAGAGAGAUGGCGGUUGCUGGUCUUUACCGUCGGAUUCUCCCGUCGCCGCCGGCGAUCGAGUUCGCCUCAGCGGAGGGGAAGCAACUAUUCUCUGAAGCCCUACGAAAUGGAACCAUGGAAGGAUUUUUUAAAUUGAUUUCCUACUUCCAAACACAAUCUGAACCUGCAUAUUGUGGGCUGGCUAGUCUAUCUAUGGUCUUAAAUGCACUUGCAAUUGAUCCAGGAAGAAAGUGGAAAGGUCCUUGGAGAUGGUUUGACGAGUCCAUGUUAGACUGUUGUGAACCUCUGGAGAAAAUCAAAGCUGAAGGGAUCACAUUUGGGAAAGUUGCAUGUUUGGCUCACUGUGCUGGGGCUAAAGUUGAAGCAUUGCGUACAAGUCAAAGCACUAUUGAUGAUUUUCGUAAACAUGUCAUCAAAUGCACUUCAUCUGAAGAUUGUCAUGUGAUCACUUCAUACAAUAGAAAAGUUUUUAAUCAGACUGGAACUGGCCAUUUUUCACCAAUUGGAGGUUAUCAUGCUGGGCGUGACAUGGCACUCAUUUUGGAUGUUGCGCGUUUUAAGUAUCCUCCUCAUUGGAUACCUCUUUCACUUCUCUGGGAAGCGAUGGAGUCAAUGGAUGUGCUAACUGGACAUCCUAGGGGGUUCAUGCUUAUUUCAAAGCUUCAAAGAGCACCAUCACUGCUUUAUACACUGAGUUGCAGACACGAUAGCUGGGUGAGUACAGCAAAGUACUUGAUUGACGAUGUCCCUAUUCUCUUGAAGGCAGAAGGCCUAAAAGCAGUUCCAGAUGUUCUUUCCCUUAUUUUAAGAUCUCUGCUUUCCCGUGCUGGGGAUUUCAUCAAUUGGGUUGUGGAAGUUAGACUACGAGAAGAAGAUGGCUCUGCCGUAAGCCAAGAGGAGAAAGGAAGGCUUGCUGUUAAGGAGGUUGUAAUGCAACAAGUUCGUGGAACUGAACUAUUUAAAUACGUGACAGAUUGGCUAUCUUCUAUAAGAUCAUGUUGCACAAUUGCAGCUUCUUUAGUUGAUAAAGAUUCAUUAUCGAAGAUUGCAGCCAGUGUUUGUUGCCAAGGCGCUGUGCUUUUAUCAGGCAAACCUGGGGAGUACAAAGGAUUUUGUUGCAGAGCGACACGUGGCGAAUGUUUGAAAGCCAACAGAAAUGGGACCGUAACUGUCAUUUCAGGAACAGUAGUCUCAGGUGACGAUGAGCAAGAAGUUGAUAUGUUGGUGCCGGUGUCUCCGUCAAAAUCAAGCUGUUGUGGUUCAGGUCCAAGCAGCUGUGCUGUGGUUCACCCAGUAAGUGACGAUGUUUUAACAGUUUUGUUAUUAGCUUUACCUGCAGAUACCUGGGUUGGUAUUAAGGAUGAGAACCUAUUGGCUGAAAUUCAUAAUAUAGUUUCAACAGAGAGACUACCAGAUGUUCUUCAAGAGGAGGUCCUGCACUUGCGCAGGCAACUCCAUUUCCUCAAGAGAUGCAAGGAUGGAGACGCAGAUGAUUUUGUGCUGUCUUCAUGCGGAUGAUAUUACAGUAUUUUGAAUUCCUUUGCAAUUAUUAAAAGGAGAUAUAUUGUCACCCACCCGUGACCAAGCCAGCUUAGUCGAAUUAGUUUUUAUUUAUACUAUUUUAUCUAGACUCCUAAGUCUUGUGCAUGUUCUCUUGAUGCUACAGAUCGAGGAGGAGCUUCUGAAAAUAAUCUGCACAGAUUAAGUUACCAGACUAUUAGUGAUCCUGCAGGGUUUGGGAAAAAGUAUGUAAUUAUGUGAACCUUGGGAAUAUAUUAAUGCCCUCAAACAAAUAAAAGUUAUCAGAUAUUUAAUUGCUGGAAUGUGAUUGUAAGUUUUGACAUUUUUA